UCUCAACCCAUUAUUUACGAGCCUCAAAAACACAGCCAAAAUGACCCCUAAGCUAUACAAAGAAGAGGAGGAAUUGAUUUCAAAGGCCCCUAGCGUGUGCCAACGCCAUAAAAACCCAAAUUUCAGCAAAUUAGCGCGUGAAUAUAGGGUGUCGCAUAAAAAGCUAUCCCAUCAGUGGAAUGGCCUACCCUCUCGCUCAACACAUCCACCUACGAACCGUUUAUUAUCUUUAGACCAAGAAAAGGCGUUUUUUCUAUGGCUUAAGGAAUUAAAUAAUAUAGAUGCACCAUCUACAAAUGGGCAAAUUAAGGAAAAUACGAAUUAUUUGCUCGUUAAAGAUUUAACCUUUCCUAGAGAGCCAUCUUGUGCCGGAAAAACAUGGAUAUACAAUAAAUAUAUUCGUGUAACAGGGAUAGACACAGGAAGCACGUUUAUGCUGGGGGUCAAUUGUGACUUAUCAUAA